AUGAAGUUCAGUGCCCAGGUGCUGCCUUUCAUCUAUCGUGCCAUUGGUUCAAAGCAUCUUCCUGCCAGUAACAUCAGCUUUGUUCAUCUUGAUUCCCAUCCAGACCUUCUUAUUCCUGUGAAUAUGCCUGCAGACACUGUAUUUGACAAAGAAGCUCUUUUUAAUGAAUUAAGUAUUGAGAACUGGAUUAUGCCUGCUGUUUAUGCUGGCCAUAUUUCUCAAGUAGUAUGGCUUCACCCACCCUGGGCUCAGCAGAUCUCAGAAGGAAAACAUCAUUUUUUAAUUGGGAAAGACUUAUCAACAACUACAAUCAGGGUUACAGGUACAGAUCAUUACUUUUUAAGUGAUGUGUAUGGUCUUUAUGUCCCUGCUGAUCAGCUAGAAAACCAGAAGCCUUUAAAUUUGCACGUCAUUCUCAUCAGUCCUACUGAAGCAUCAAACAGCCGGGAAGAAAAUGGCGAAGUAGCAUCUGCUAAGAGACUGAAACUAAAUACAGAUGACGCAGCAAGCACUGCUUCUCCCUCUUCAUCAGUGGUUCCUGGUGACCUUGAUCACAGCGCCCCAACUCUGAAGAAAAAGGAAGUACAAAAUGCAAGUGCCCCGAACAAGGCAGAAACAUUGUCAGAGUGCUCAGCUUCAACCUCUCUCAGAAACAGUGAAUGCCCAAUAAGGGAAGUUGUUAAAGAUGUCUGCGAAGUACUGCAGAAAGGGGAUGCAUAUGUUUUAGACAUUGACUUAGAUUUUUUUUCAGUUAAAAAUCCAUUCAAAGAAAUGUACACACAGACAGAAUAUGAGCUUUUGCAAGAGUUGUACAAUUUCAAGAAGCCUCAUAGAAAUGCAACAGAGGAGGGCUUGCUGGAUUGUGUUGAAAACCGUGUUCAUCAGCUAGAAGAUCUGGAAGCAGCAUUUGCAGAUUUGUGUGACAAUGAUGAUGAAGACACCCUACAGAAGUGGGCUUCAUAUCCUGGAAUGAAGUCACUUGUUCAACUAGUUCAUAGUUUGAAAACCAGGAUGGAAAGCCCAGACUACGAAAUGGUCCAUCAGGCUGGUCUGACCUGUGAUUAUAUGGAGCUUCCUCACCAUGUUAGCACUGAAGAGGAGAUAGAAGGUCUCAUACAAUCCAUUAAAAUUCUACUAAAAGAUAUGCCUAAGCCCACACUUGUGACAGUUGCUCGAUCAAGUUUGGAUGAUUAUUGCCCUUCAGAGCAGGUUGACAUCAUUCAAGAGAAGGUUCUCAAUUUACUAGGUUCAGUGUAUGGCACUCUGGAUGUGCACUUAGAUUACUCAAGCACCUCAUCUUCUUUGUGACCUUUCUUCAUCUAUUGCCUUCUAAUGCAGUGGAUUAAUUUAAAUUGUAUAUUAGCUAUGGUUGCAAGGGGAAAAAUACUGUUAUUUCAGCAGGUGGCACUAGAACCCAAGCUGACCAAGAGCUAGUUUUGAGUUGCAUUGCUUUCUCCAAGUCAACUGCAUCUGAACUGUUACCUGUUUGGCUUUGUUCAGAUUAGUUCUGUGAUUAUUUUUACUGACUUGCUUCUUAAAAUCGGUACAAGAGAAACUAUUUUUUGUCCAUAAAAUGUAUUUUUUCACGUGAUUUCUUUAAGUGU